AGUCAAAGUAGAAAUAUUUAACCACAAAAACGGCUAAAUUGGAAUUUAUUUCUGCAAUAGUAAAACUUUGAAAAAUCGGAUAUUUUAGCAUGCAAGUGUAUUUAUACAAAAUACAGUGACAUGUGCGUGUGGAACGGAUGUUGGAGGUGGUCCCAAAUAAUGAAAAAAUGUUGAAGUCAAAAAGUCAGAUUCCCAGCCAGCGUCGACUUCGCCAGCCAGUGGAAGGAGUCUUCUGUAACUACAGCCACCGGACCUGCAUGCACAACAGACUUGAUGCAUAUGAUUAUUGUAUCCGACAUAUUCUUGAGGACAAGAACGCUCCAUUCAAACAGUGUGCCUUCAUUUCAAGCAAAAAUGGAAAACGUUGUCUGAAUGCUGCACCAAAAGCAGAUAGGAAAGAUGGUUACUGUGCAGAACACUCACGAAGAGCAGUCUUGCUACGACAGAGAUCCACGAGAAAGCCACAGCCCAAAGAGACAGCUGAGAGUCUAUUGGAGGACUUGGAUCACUUCAAAGGCGUGCAGGACAACCGACGAAUCAAGGGUUAUUCCGACAGUGUUGCCAGCAAAGUCCUGGAGUAUGCUAGUUCUGAGGACUCUGACUUGGAGCCCCCUCUGGUGGAUCAGGCGUGGCGUGGGGAUGGUGAUAGUGACCCAGAGAGUGUAGACAGUGACCAGGAGGAUCUGCUCAAGCAUGCUGGUGUGUACACUGCCGAGGAGGUGGCCCUGGUAAUGCGGGAUAAACUCAUACGACUACAGUCACUCUACAUUGACCAGUUCAAACGCCUUCAGCACAUCAUGAAGGAAAAACGUCGCAAGUACUUGCACACUCACAAACAGGAAAAGGAAACUCUUGGAAGUUUAUCUGUUUACAAAGAAGGACCAGAAACAAGAGACAAAUACUCUAAACUGAAGGCACUGAAGAGAUACCACAAAAGGCAUGGAAAGGAGGCGCUGCUACAUCGUCAGUCCAAGCAGAGGAGGAUCGCUGUGUCAGAAGGGGCCAACUACCGACCACCGUCCUACCCAAAGUGUGUUCAUGUGGAGGACGGCAACAAGUGUUUACACAGAGCCCUCCCACUGUCAAAGUACUGCUCACAACACAUUUUGACUGACCAGUACCAGGUGUUGUACAGACCAUGUCAAUUUGGGGGAGGUCGGUGUGGUCAGCCUGUGGUCACCCUAGAGGACACCGCUCGCUGUCCACUCCACACCUCACUCAAGGAAAUGGACACUAGAUUUCCACUCAAACCAGAGGAGACAGAUGAUGAGCUUGACCUUGAUGAAGCAGAGUUGUUGUCCAAGGAUAUCUUGCUGCCCCACCUGGAUGCCCUACAGGCCAGGGACGCAAUGGCCCAACAUCUUCUAUCCAAAAACCCAGAACUUCCAGAGUCCAUCUUCUCUGGCUCAGAGCCUGACGAUCAUCCAAUGUCCUCAUAUAUGCAGGAUUCUUUACAGAACCUUAUGCCUUCAAAACAUUCAAUAGACUCUGAUCUCGGCAUCAAAAAUCAGCUUGACCAACAGCAAUCUUCAUCUAAUAUGUCCUCUGCAUCCUCCUCCUCCUCUCCUUCUCCCUGGUCGGAUGAAACUAAAGAGGAUAAGAAGGUGGCAUAUGGGCCACUCUUACUCCAACACCUUCAGGGAAAAGUAGACCUCGCUAAUAUAAACAAUAGGCCACGCACGUCUCUCCCUGCAACCAGUCCCAGGCAGACCACCACUAGUGCUAUGGCCACAACACCUGAGUCUAUGAUAACAUCUGAGGUGUCGGUUUCAACUCCCCUGUCCACCACAUCAUCUACACUCACUGCGAGCUCUUCAGAGAAUCACAAUGGUAAUGAACUGUCACAGAAUGGUGACAGCAUGGAUAUAUAAAACCCAAUUUCCGACCCAAGCUGAAGAGGGGGAAAUAACUCUAAUAUAGAAUAAAAAUUGUGGUUAAUGUAACAAGGUCAAGUUUUCUAAAUUGUACUGAAUACAACUUCUGUUUAAUAACUUAUCUUAGUAAAUUGGAAACUCAAUUAAAUGAAAGAUAUUGUUGAUGGGACCAAAUUGAAAUUUACAUAUACCCUACUAUUUGAUGUUCACCAUUUAUGCUUUAGCAGAUAGUGUACUCCUGUUACAGUGCUGUCAGUCAUCAGAUGUUCACUGUGUUGUUACUUUGUUUAUUAUGUAUUUUGUUGACAUUUAAUAAAUGAAAACUUA